CUGGGGCAUCAGCACCAGGGGCAGGGGGUACACUUGGUGCUCAGAGGAAGCCCCCACCCAGCCCCCAUGGCCUUCCUGGUGGCUGGGACCCUGCAGGUGGCCUCGCAGAUGGCAGAUGCUAGACAGAGUCUGGAAAGAAAGGGGAAGUACGGCCUGCAGGGUCCCAGGGUGGCUCUGACACUCAGCAGCCCUGGGGUGUUAGCCUCCACUGUUGCUGUCCUGGAGGGUGUGUUCCGGACCCUGGGCUUUGAGAGCUGCCAGAAGAGGGAGGCCUCUGUCCAGGGCUUCCUUGAGGAGCUGGCUGGGUUCCGGGAGCAGCUGGAUGCCCUUGGGGGCCCUGUGGGCUGUGCCCUCGUGGCCUUGGUGGCCCCCCGUGGGCAGCUGAGGCAGCCCCAGCAGUUGGUCUGGGAGCUGAGCCGCUGCAGGGCCCUGUGGGGCUGCCCCAAAGUUUUCCUGCUGCUCUCGACGACUCCUGGGGCUGCCCCUGAGCCCGGAGCCUUCCUUGCUGCCCUGAGCCAGCUCUGUGGCCGAUUUCCUCACUGGUCUCUGCUGCAGCUGCUGACGGAGGUCUUCUACAGGACAGCCAAAGAGUCAGAGGCCUCCUACUGCCCAGUCCUCCGGAGCUCCUUGAGGGGUGCACUGUGCCUGGGGGAUGUGGAACCCUGGGAUCCCCAGCCAGAACCCAGCCCCAGCGCUCAGUAUGACCUGUCUGGGACCAGAGCCGCCCUCCUGCUGUCCGUGCUCCAUGGCCGGCCUGGGGCCCAGCAUGAUGUGGAGGCGCUGCGGGGCCUGUGUCAGGCCCUGAACUUCAAGACCACCCUAAGGACAGACCCUACGGCCCAGGCUUUCCAGGAGGAGAUGGCCCAGUUCCGAGAGGGCCUAGAUGCCGGCAGGGUCCCGGUGAGCUGUGCCCUUGUGGCCCUCAUGGCCCAUGGGGGGCCACAAGGCCAGCUGCUGGGAGCUGACGGGCAGGAGUUCCAGCCAGAGGCGCUGGUGCAGGAGCUGAGCCGCUGCAGGGCCCUGUGGGGCUGCCCCAAGAUCUUCCUGCUUCAGGCUUGCCGCGGGGGGCAGAGGGACGCUGGUGUGGGGCCCACAGCUCUCCCCUGGUUCCGGCGCUGGCUGCAGGCAUCACCAACCACCCCCUCACAUGCCGACGUCCUCCAGAUCUAUGCUGAUGCCCAAGGCAGGUCCUCCGGGGGCCCCACUCCAGGGAGCUCUGACCAAGCGGACAUCCUGAUGGUCUACGCAGCUGCUGAGGGCUGUGUAGCCUAUCGGGAUGAUGAGAAGGGCUCGGACUUUAUCCAGACUCUGGUGGAGGUCCUCAGAGCUGACCCCGGGGGAGAGCUCCUGGAGCUGCUGACUGAGGUCAACCGCCGGGUGUGUGAACUGGAGGUGCUGGGUCCCGAUGGCCAGAGGCGCCGCAAGGCCUGCCUGGAGAUCCGCAGCUCGCUGAGGCGCCGGCUCUGCCUGCAGGCGGGACUGCGCCCGCUGCCGCUCCGGGGGUUCUGACCACCUGGGGCUACGGCCCA